GGGGUGUUCCAGAGGUGCCAAUAUGGCGGCCAGGUAAACACGAACUGUCGCUGCGGCUGGUGGUGGGUUAGUAGUGAGGGUGGUGCGGUUGUUUGGGUUCUGGCUGCGCUGCGAGGCGUCUGUUUUUCUUCCAGUCCUUUUGUCUCUCUGCUCUGGAGCAGCGCUGCGCCCCUCCUGGCUCCUUUCCGGAGCGGGCUCUUCUCCCCGUCCUCCGCUUUCGAGAUUCGGCCCUGCCCGCUCGGCGGUGCCGUGGGAGGGCUGCGGGUGCUCCUCUGCUACCCUGGAGAGGCGUUGCUGCUGUGUCAUACUUAAAGCUGAGAAGCAACUGUAAGCAAACCCGAAAACAGGUGUGCUCACAUGACUCCCAUGUCUGUGCAAUGACUCCCAGUGCCUUGGCCUUGCGUGAAGAGGAAGAUGUGGAGCGGUCUGUUACCUCCAGGACUGAGUGAAAGUGAUGUUGACUUGAGCUCUGAGGAUGAAGAGGAGUCAUGUAUGUCCUGUUUGAAGGAAGAAGACAUAACAGAAGACACAGAAGGAGUUCAGCUUCCGGAAUUGCAGGAGAAUGGACCUGAAAAUAAUGCCACCACUAACUCAGUUUUGACAUCUGUGGCGGAUGGAGAAAACACAUCUGAAACGUGCCCUGCUGGAAUUCCUUUAAAUAUAUGGAAUAAGUUUUUGGAGCUUCAGAAGAAAAACCGUGAAAUGAAAAUGGAAGCAAAUCAGGAAAGCAAAGGCCGAAAAAGAAAGCGACGCAGAAAAGAAAAACUGGAAAAGGACAAAAAUGAAGGGACUAAGAGGUAUAUCCAGGUCAAUGUGAUUAUUAGUCAUCAGUUGGCCAAUGAAGACGGCUGGAAAGAACUUACACAGUACUUUGGAAUCAAUGAUAGAUUUGAGUCACCUGUGGAUAGCAGAGCUCCACGAAAGUCUGGCCUUGAACUUAGCAUAGAGAAGUCGGUGGCUGAAGGUGACAUUGAUAAAGCUGAGGAGCUGAGUGAUAGAUUAGCAACUCGUGAGCUUGGUGUGAAAAUUGCCAAAGCUGUUGCUUGCCGCAACUUUGUAAAAGCCAAACAAGAAGCAGAGGCUGCUCAAGAAGCUCGAAAGAAAAAGAAGCUUGCUUGGGGGUUUGAAGCUAAGAAAAGAUGGGAAACAAAAAGCAACAUGGGAUACAUGUAGUCCAUCCUGCUUUCCUGAGGAGUCAAAUGCCAGUUGUUACUUGUGAAGAAUUUUUGUGGGUGACUAAACACACACACACACACAUUGAUUUUCCUCAACCAAAAUAAACAGAAAAAGCAACACAUCAAAUCCCUUGUGUUUCCUCUUAAUCCUGUGAGAUUACGCUGGGUUGGUUUGUCUGGUUCUUACAGUGUAGCAAAAAUGCUUUCUAAGGAUCAAUACUAUGUUAAAAAUAGUAUGUUUCUCCAAAGUGUAAAUAUUAGGGUAAUGCAUUGCAGAAUGCGUUUGGAGUCUGGUAGAGGGCUGUCUAAAGAUGGAAUAAAGUACUCAUUCCAGA